AUGUCCGAGAAAGAAACUAAUACAAACGUUGAACUUGACAGUAGUGUUGAGUCAUCCGACCACUAUCAUCAUGAUGAUAGUCAUCUUGAGCUUAAGAAGCAUUCGCCAGAAGAAAUUGCUGCAUCUGGCAAAUGGUACGAUCGAAGAUUUAUUCGGGGCAUUCCGCAAUACUCUGACUCAAUGGUUCAAAUCGUAAUGCUUUCAUUCGUUGUUUUUAUGACACCUGGUAUGUACAAUGCGUUAAGUGGUAUUGGUGGUGCCGGUAUAUCUGAUAGAGCUACGGCAGAUAAUGCUAAUGUUGCGUUGUACUCGUGUUUUGCAACUAUUGGAUUUUUUGCUGGUACGAUCUGUAACUAUUUUGGUAUUAAGGCGUGCUUGAUUGGUGGAGGUACUGGUUAUUUUCUUUACUCAUCAAGUCUCUUGUGCUUCUACCAUACAGAGAAUAAAGGUUUCGUUAUAUUUUCGGGUGCCUACUUAGGUAUUUGUGCAUCUUGUCUUUGGGCUGCUCAGGGGACAAUAAUCAUGAGUUAUCCUACCGAAGAUAAAAAGGGAAGGGCUAUUAUGAUUUUCUGGGUUAUUUUCAACUUGGGUGCUGUUAUUGGAUCUGUGAUUCCAUUAGCGAACAAUAUAAAUAAUAAGGGAUCUGCAGUGGGAGAUAGUACCUAUAUUGCAUUCAUGGUUUUGAUGUUCUGUGGUUCGCUCAUUGCUAUGUGCAUGUUGCCAAUGAAUAAGGUCUGGAAAUCAGAUGGUACUCGUGUCAUGAAUAAGAAAUUUCCUAGUUGGAAGCAAGAACUUAUUGAUUUAUAUCGUAUGUUGGUUUCUGAACCAAGGAUUUUCUUUGUUUUCCCUAUGUUUUUUGCUUCUAACUGGUUUUAUACAUAUCAAUUUAAUGAUUUUAACGCCGGUCGUUUCAACAUUAGAACUAGAUCAUUAAAUUCGUUGCUUUACUGGUUAUCUCAAAUGUUUGGUGCUAUUAUAUUUGGGUCUAUUUUGGAUUUGAAGUGCUUUCGCAGAAGUACUCGUGCCAAAAUUGGCUAUAUUAUUUUAACUGUAAUAUCCUUAGCUAUCUGGGGAGGUGGAUUAAAAUUCCAACUUGGCUUCACAAGAGAGGAUGUCACUAGCCCUGACGCAGCUGGUGAAAUCCCCCCUAAAUUUGCUCCAAUUGAUUUCGAGGAUGGCUCAUAUAUUGGACCUAUGUUCCUUUAUAUAUUCUAUGGGAUAUUUGACUCCAUGUUUCAAACUUACUUAUUUUGGGUUUUGGGAAGUAUGAGUAAUAAUCCUAAGAAGACUGCAUUAUACGCUGGUUUUUAUAAGGGUCUUCAAUCGGCUGGUGCAGCUAUUGCAUGGAGAUUAGAUGCUUUGGAAAAGCCAUAUAUGGACUUAUUUGCAAGUUCAUGGGGUUUAGUGAAUGGUUCUUUGCUUAUUGCUUUACCAUUGAUCUGGUUUAAGAUUACUGAUCAUACUGAUAUUGAAAAAGAUGGCUUGACUAAAGUAGUGACUGAUAAUGAAAUCAAAUCAGUUAAAUCUUUUCCUCAAGAAGGGACAAUAGAAGUGGUUUAA